GGGAUUUGGACGCCCUGGGCGCUCAGUGAUUACGUAGCGGGUGGGGCCGGAAGUGCCGCUCCCGGGUGGGGGCUGUUCAUGGCGGUUUCGGGGUCUCCAACAGCUUCUCAGGUUGAAAUCCAAAAGCCUCCCGAGGCGGGGUCUGCGGAGUUUGAGAUUUUUGCAGGUGUGAAAUGACUGAGUACAAACUGGUGGUGGUUGGAGCAGGUGGCGUUGGGAAAAGUGCUUUGACAAUCCAGCUAAUCCAGAACCACUUUGUGGAUGAAUAUGAUCCCACCAUAGAGGAUUCUUACCGAAAACAAGUGGUGAUUGACGGUGAGACCUGUCUACUGGACAUACUGGACACAGCUGGACAAGAGGAGUACAGUGCCAUGAGAGACCAAUACAUGAGGACAGGCGAAGGGUUCCUCUGUGUGUUUGCCAUCAAUAAUAGCAAAUCCUUUGCAGAUAUUAACCUCUACAGGGAGCAAAUUAAGCGCGUGAAAGACUCUGAUGAUGUACCCAUGGUGCUGGUAGGGAACAAGUGUGACUUGCCAACAAGGACAGUUGACACAAAGCAAGCCCACGAGCUGGCCAAGAGUUAUGGAAUUCCAUUCAUUGAAACCUCAGCCAAGACCCGACAGGGUGUGGAGGAUGCCUUUUACACGCUUGUAAGGGAGAUACGCCAGUACCGGAUGAAGAAGCUCAACAGCAGUGAGGAUGGCACUCAAGGCUGUAUGGGGCUGCCCUGUGUGGUGAUGUAGUAAGCCUCACUGAUGCCCUGGUUCUGACAUCCCUGGAGGAGACGUGUUUCUGCUGCUCUCUGCAUCUCAGAGAAGCUCCUGCUUCCUGCUUCCCCAACUUAGUUACUGAGCACAGCCAUCUAACCUGAGACCUCUUCAGAAUAACUACCUCCUCACUCGGCUGUCCGACCAGAGAAAUGAACCUGUUUCUCCCCAGUAGUUCUCUGCCCUGGGUUUCCCCUAGAAACAAACACACCUGCCAGCUGGCUUUGUCCUCCGAAAAGCAGUUUACAUUGAUGCAGAGAACCAAACUAUAGACAAGCAAUUCUGUUGUCAACAGUUUCUUAAGCUCUAAGGUAACAAUUGCUGGUGAUUUCCCCCUUUGCCCCCAACUGUUGAACUUGGCCUUGUUAGUUUUGGGGGAAAUGUCAAAAAUUAAUCUCUUCCCGAGAAUAGAAUUAGUGUUGCUGAUUGCCUGAUUUGCAAUGUGAUCAGCUAUAUUCUAUAAGCUGGCGUCUGCUCUGUAUUCAUAAAUGCAAACAUGAGUACUGACGUAAGUGCAUCCCUAGUCUUCUCAGCUGCAUGCAAUUAAAUCCAACGUUCACAACAAAGUGCCUUGUCCUAACAGUGCUCUGUAGGCUUCCGUUAUAGUUCGUAUUGAAAUAGAUGUUUCAAGAACCAUUGUAUAGGAAAGUGACUAUGAGCCAUCUACCUUGGAGGGAAAGGUGAAUCUACCUGAUGGCAGAUGCUUUAUAUAUGUACACAUAUGUACACAAAGACAGUUUCCCUGUUUGCGGUUCUCCCAGGAGAAAGAGGGAACUGAAACGAUUAUGACUAAUUUCAUUUAAUUCUAGCUAAUCUUUUUUUUUUUUUUUUGGAGGGGGGGAGUAGGUUACCACCUAUAAAUAUUUGUAAUUUCUUCUAGCUUACUGAUAAUCUAAUAGUCAAUGAGCUUCCAUUAUAAUAAAUUGGUUCAUACCAGGAAGCCCUCCAUUUAUAGUUAGUCAGAUACUGUAAAAAUUGGCAUGUUAUUACUUUAUACCUGUGAUUAAUGAUUCUUCAAACCUUAAAUAUAGUUAUUAGCAGGCAGGUUAUAUCUUUGCUGCAUAGUUUCUUCAUGGAAAAAAAAAAUAUAUAUAUAUAUGGAGAGAGUGGCCCUCAGUUCCCAUCUCACCAUCCCUCUCUUUCAGCCUAGAUCAGUUCAAGCAUCCUAUAGGAGCUUGAAUAAUUAUCUCAGUUGAACAAACCAUGGUGCUAAUGGACCAGGUCAUGGUUUCAAAACUUGAACAAGCCAGUUAGAUCACAGAGAAAACAGUUCAUCCAUAUUUGCUCCCUGCCUAUUACUCCUGCUUGUAGACUUUUGCCUGAUGCCUGCUGUUCGAGCUAUAAGGAUAAAAGUUAGUGUGGUUCUACACCAGGACUGGGAAUGCCUGGUGAGCUGUUGGGUAAGCCUAGACACCUUUACAUUUUCAGACCCGUAUUUUUAGCCCCAUGGAAACUGAAGCCAGAGUUCACACCUCCAUCUCUUCCCCCAUUAGAUAAAUGUUCUUAAUCUAUAUAGCUUUUUAAAAGUAUUUAAAACAUGUCUAUAAGUUAGGCUACCAACUAACAAAAGCUGAUGUGUUUGUUCAAAUAAAGAGGUAUCCUUUACUACUUGAGAAAAGAAUGUAAAAUGCCAUUAAUUGUUGUCAUGUAGAAGUUUGAUAUUUGUGGUAAUGCCCUGAUAAUUCAUUGGUGAGUUUUGUUAGUCAUGGUGAUACUUAAAAUAUAACUCAUCUCAGUAAUUUCAAUGAAAACAUAAAAUGGGAUGCCUUGAUUGAAAAAAGCAAACCUAAUUCCAAAAUGACCAUUUUCUCUUCUGAUCUUACGACACCUAAAAAUCUGAGAUCCUUGGGAUUCAUUUGUUUAUAACAGGAACUUGCUAUGUAAUCUUGGCUGGCCUCAAACUCACAAUGCUCUUCCUGCAUCAGUCUCCAAAAUGAUGGGAUUACAGGCACAUGCCACCACACACACCUGAUCUGGUUUCUAAUGAAUUUUUAUUGUUAAGCAAAUCCCCAUCACCUUGAAACUAAUCAGAAGAGGGAAGAAACAUAUGUUGUGCUCCUCAGUGCUAAUGCUGGGAUCUUUCACCAGGGGUUUGCAUUCUUAAGUAAACUGCUGCCUUUUUACAACAUGGCUCAGUCAUCCUCCUGAAGCUGCUUGAGACCAACACUUGGUCUUGUUCUUUUUUAAUGUGUCUGUAUGACUGGUGGUGGAUCUCUAAAAAGUUUAUUAAACUCCAGUUAGGGAGAAAGUUACUCCCCUUGGCCCUUUUGACCAUAUCCCAUGUGUGUGUGUGUGUGUGUGUGUGUGUGUGUGUGUGUGUGUGUGUGUGUGUGUACACACAUAUGUAUGUAUGUGUGUCUGUAGUUGGUCUCCAGUUCAGAUGCCCUUACUAGCAUAUAUUCCCACAGGGUGUGGGUUUCGGCACAACAGUGACAAACUUGAAAGCCAAGUAAAUCCAGUUGGUGUUUUUAGAGAGCAUAAUUAGUGAAGAUCUGGUUUACCUCAAAGUCACAAAGCCUCUCUUCCUGAAUUGAAGUGCCUGGCCCACUGUCACAAAUUAACAUGUGGAAGGCAGCUGGUUGAAGCUUUGUUCACACAUUGGAGAGUAUGAAAAUAAGUGUUCUAAGACCUCUGACACCGAAUCCGUGUAAACCUGUUAAAUGCCAUGUGUUCCAGGACUUAGAGUGUGUGAGUUGGUAACUCAGUACUUUGUUUACUAGUGCCGUGGGAGCGCUGUGUGCACAGUGGAGGUGGGCGUGUUUUAGGCGGCCAUCUGCAGAGUCAGCCUUUAAACUGCUGUGAACUUUGUCAUGACUUGAAGAUAGACAAAAACUCUCUAAAGACAAAUGUUUGUUUUCCCCAUUAGAGAAUGUGUGAGCUUAGUUUAUCUUCUUUUGUAUUUAGUCAUAAACUCUGAAGCUGGCAGCUACGACCAAGGAUCAGAAGAAUUAGCUCUGCUGAUUGUGGGACACAGAGGUAGAAUGGGAAACGUUUUGCCUGGGUGGCUUCUAUUUAGAAGAGAAAGAGAUGAUCAUUCUUGAACAUUAGUUUUAUUUUGCUAUUUCUUUAAGCUAUCUCAUGUGCCACAAAGUUAUUUUAAGGUAUUUGUGUUUUAUAAGAAUUGUUUUAAGAGUGUUCUCGAUGAGAUUAGUUGUAGAUAUUUUUAAAAAUACAACUGGUUUUUUAAAAAUAUGAGUAUUUCUCUAAGCAAGUGUUUAAACUCUGAAGAGAAGGGAAGGUGGGUGGAAGUUGUUUGGCUUUUGUAUUUCUGUGCUGUUAAAUAUAGGUCAGAACGUCAACUGUGCAAUCCUGCUGUUUAAAGGAGAACUAUUGGCCUCCAUGGUCCUCCUGAAGGGGCUCAUAUUUUAAGUUGACUGUUUUAUUGUAAAUUAAUCCAUUCUAAUUUUUUAAGACUUGAUUGACUGUUUUUCUUGUUAAAUAAUUUUUAAAAAUAAAAAACUGGAAGUUCUUUGCUUAACUGUA